UAUCACCGCGGAGGUGUGCGUUCCGCGUGCUCGAGCCUCUGGGGGGUGUGGAGGGGGAAGGGGCGUCUCUGACAGCAGCGCAGCCUCCUCGCAGGCCCCUCCCGGGAAGCGCGCCGCGGCUCCGACACACGGACGGUCGGUCGGACUCGGUGAGCCUCUGCUGCCGCGCGCCUCUCUCCGCCUCUGAGCGCGCGCGUCGCCCCGUAUUUUGCUCCGGUGUUCGGAUCGCAGUGGGGUGGGGGUGGGGGGCUCCUCUGUAGGAGCAGCAUGUAUUAAGCUGUGGAGCUGCGUUUGCCCCCUUCCCGCAGCGCUCCGUCAGGACGAGCAUCGCUAGCACCGGGAUUAUCUGGAUCUUUUUGGGGAGGGUGGGUGGGGGUUGACUCAGGCCUGCCUCAGAGGAGCGUGCGCCCCCCACCUCCCCCCGCCGCCCCGCACCUCCCGGUCGAUGGUCCUUGAGGAACUGGGAGCACCAUGGCGAGCGACUCCCCCGCGCGGAGUCUGGAUGAGAUAGACCUGUCUGCACUGAGGGACCCGGCUGGAAUCUUUGAGCUGGUGGAACUGGUGGGAAAUGGCACCUAUGGGCAGGUCUACAAGGGUCGCCAUGUCAAAACAGGCCAGCUCGCUGCCAUUAAGGUCAUGGACGUCACAGGAGAUGAGGAGGAGGAGAUUAAAGCUGAGAUCAACAUGCUAAAAAAGUACAGUCACCACAGGAACAUUGCAACCUAUUAUGGAGCAUUUAUCAAGAAAAACCCUCCUGGCAUGGAUGACCAGCUAUGGCUGGUGAUGGAGUUCUGUGGAGCCGGCUCGGUCACAGAUCUGAUCAAGAACACGAAAGGAAACUCCCUGAAGGAGGAGUGGAUCGCCUACAUCUGCAGAGAGAUCCUGAGGGGCCUGACCCACCUUCACCAGCACAAGGUCAUCCACCGAGACAUCAAGGGUCAGAAUGUUCUGCUGACAGAGAAUGCUGAGGUCAAACUGGUGGACUUUGGUGUGAGUGCACAGCUGGACCGCACUGUCGGGAGGAGGAACACAUUCAUAGGGACGCCAUAUUGGAUGGCCCCUGAGGUCAUCGCCUGUGAUGAGAACCCCGAUGCCACGUAUGACUUUAAGAGUGAUCUGUGGUCGCUGGGGAUCACCGCCAUCGAGAUGGCAGAGGGAGCGCCGCCUCUGUGUGACAUGCAUCCUAUGAGAGCGCUCUUCCUCAUCCCCCGGAAUCCAGCCCCCCGACUCAAAUCAAAGAAGUGGUCCAAAAAGUUCCAGUCCUUCAUCGAGAGCUGCCUACUGAAGAGCCACAGCCAGCGGCCGAGCACCGAGCAGCUCCUCAAACACCCCUUCAUCAGAGACCUUCCCAACGAACGGCAGGUCCGCAUCCAGCUGAAGGACCACAUCGACCGCACCAAGAAGAGGAGGGGGGAGAGGGAUGAGACGGAGUAUGAGUACAGUGGGAGUGAGGAAGAGGAUGAGGAGAGGGACGUGGGAGAGCCCAGCUCCAUCAUCAACAUCCCUGGAGAGUCCACGCUAAGGAGGGACUUCCUGCGCCUCCAGCUGGCCAAUAAGGAGCGGUCAGAGAUGAUCCGGCGCCAGCAGCUGGAGCAGCAGCAGAACGAGGAGCACAUGCGCCAACUACUGGCAGAGAGGCAGAAACGCAUCGAGGAGCAGAAGGAGCAGCGGCGGCGGCUGGAAGAGCAACAGCGUCGGGAGCGGGAUGUCAGAAAGCAGCAAGAACGCGAGCAGAGGAGACGGUACGAGGAGAUGGAGCAACUCCGGCGGGAGGAGGAGAGGAGGCACGCAGAACGAGAACAGGAGUACAUCCGUAGACAGCUGGAAGAGGAGCAGAGGCAGCUGGAGAUCCUGCAGCAGCAGCUCCUGCAGGAGCAGGCUUUACUGCUGGUAACGCAACACGGCGACACACAAGUGCAGACAAACAACAACCACAGUCUGAUCCAGCUAGUUGAGUACAAGAGGAAGCAGAUCGAGGAGCAGCGCCAGGCCGAGCGGCUGCAGAGGCAGCUGCAGCAGGAGCGGGCGUACCUCGUGUCUCUGCAGCAGCAGCAGCAGGAGCCGCCGCGCCCGCCGCAGGACAAGAAGCAGCUGUACCACUACAAAGACCAGGCGCCAAGCAACAACGACAAGCCCACUUGGGCCAAAGAGGUGAUGCGUCGAGCUCAGAGCAACUCCCCGCGCAUCCCUUCAAAGAAAUACCAUUCCUUUGAGAAGAAGCGAGACGUCAACCUGGAAAACCUCCUCUUGCUUCCUGGAUACAAGCCUUCUCGGCCCCGCCCCCCCUCCUACCCUGCCCACAUCAGCCCCGCCAGAGACCAAAUGCACGUCCCUGUGAUCCGCAUCACUUGCAUCCCAGAGCCGGUGAUGCGGCGGCACAGUCCCAACGGGAGCCUCGACAGAAGCUUGGACUCCAGGGGCCGAAGCCCCGGCCGCCGGGUGGAGGAGCAGUAUGAGAUGAACAGACAGACUUCUCCUGCAUUGCAGCAUAAAGUCUCCAACCGAAUCUCGGACCCGUCUCUGCCGCCGCGCUCCGAGUCCUUCAGCAGCGGAGGAAUCCAGCAGGCCCGGACUCCACCCAUGCACCGCUCUGUGGAGCCGCAGAUGGCCCACCUGGUGCAGGUGAGGAGUCACGGCCUCUCAGGCUCCCAGUCCCUGUACGACCCCCACGGUGUGUCCUCCUCCUCGGCAUCGCCUUCACCCUCCCGGCCUCCGAUGCCUCGGCAGAACUCCGACCCCACCUCCGACACCCCUCCUCCCCCGCCCAUGUCCCGCCUGGCGCCCCCCCUCGACAAACUGGACCGCAGCUCGUGGCUGCGGCAGGAUGACGACAUGCCUCCCAAGGUUCCUCAGAGGACAACCUCCAUUUCUCCUGCUUUGGUCAGGAAGAACUCUCCUGGAAACGGUCCUGGACUUGGACCUCGGGCCGGAGCUCACCUCAUACGGGCCAGCAACCCUGAUCUGCGGAGGACAGACAUCUCCAUAGAUUCAGCCCUGAAGAGGGCAAGCAGCGGCAGCUCGUCCAGCUCCAGCACCCCCAGCUCUCAGGGAGGCUCCAACGAGAGAGGUAAUGCAGCGUCUAACUCUGAAAGUUUGGCUCUUUCUUCCCACGAUGCCAAAGACGACAGCAGAGAGAUGACGCGGCCCAGCAGGCCUGCAAGCUAUAAGAGAGCUGUAGAUGAGGAGGAGUUGGAUCUCACAGCUCUGGCUAAAGAGCUAAGAGAGCUGCGGCAGGGGGAGGAGACCAACCGCCCGCCCGCCAAGGUGACAGACUACUCCUCGUCCAGUGAAGAGUCUCACAGCAGCGAGGAUGAGGAGGGAGAGGGCGGAGCUAACGAUGGGACCGUGGCCGUCAGUGACAUACCGCGCAUUAUGCCUCCUGCGAGUCAGAGCACAAAUGAAUCCUUCGGUGUCACGGAAGGUCAGAACGACAGCCAUGGAGACUCGUAUGGAGACAGAUCCCAGGAUGGCACCCAGAUGAUGCGAGAGAGGCAUAGAGGGCGGAGGCGGAGCUCUACCGCCAGCAAUGGUUUCCCUGGCAACGCUAAUCUAUUCCUCUGCAACACCAGUCUUCCAGAUUUGGUGCAGCAAAGCGCCUCUCCUCUGGUGUCUCCUGGCGAGGCUUCAGGGUCCCAAUUUGGGAUGAGGAGCGGCGGAGGCUCUAAAGCUUCCUUCUCGGCGUUUGUUGAUCCGAGGGUGUACGGCACUUCUCCAACCGAGGACGAUGAGAAAAGCUCUGCUGCAGCCCUGUUUGCUGACGAGCUGCUGAAGCAGGAGCAGGAGCAGGCCCGGCUCAACGAGGCCCGCAAGAUUUCUGUGGUGAACGUCAACCCCACCAACAUCCGGCCGCACAGCGACACGCCGGAGAUCCGAAAGUACAAGAAACGCUUCAACUCGGAGAUCCUCUGCGCCGCUCUCUGGGGAGUAAACCUGCUGGUGGGAACGGAGAACGGCCUGAUGCUGCUGGAUCGAAGCGGUCAGGGCAAAGUUUACAACCUGAUCAAUCGAAGGCGCUUCCAGCAGAUGGACGUCCUGGAAGGACUCAACGUCCUGGUCACCAUCUCAGGGAAGAAGAACAAGCUGCGAGUUUAUUACCUGUCGUGGUUGAGGAACAGGAUAUUACACAACGACCCUGAAGUGGAGAAAAAACAGGGUUGGAUCACGGUUGGGGAACUGGAAGGCUCCGUGCACUACAAAGUUGUGAAAUAUGAGAGGAUCAAAUUCUUGGUUAUUGCUCUGAAGAACUCUGUUGAAAUAUACGCCUGGGCCCCCAAACCUUAUCACAAGUUCAUGGCCUUCAAGUCUUUCACAGAGCUGCAACAUCGCCCCCUGCUGGUUGACCUGACUGUGGAGGAAGGUCAAAGGUUGAAGGUCAUUUAUGGCUCCACCGUUGGCUUCCAUGUCAUUGAUGUGGACUCUGGAAACCCCUACGACAUCUACGUCCCCUCCCAUAUUCAAGGUCAGGUGACCCCACACGCCAUCGUGGUUUUACCCAAGACAGACGGCAUGGAGAUGCUGCUGUGCUACGAGGAUGAAGGCGUCUACGUCAACACCUACGGACGCAUCACUAAAGACGUGGUGCUGCAGUGGGGGGAGAUGCCCACCUCUGUGGCCUACAUCCACUCCAACCAGAUCAUGGGCUGGGGAGAAAAAGCCAUCGAGAUCCGCUCUGUGGAGACUGGACACCUUGACGGAGUUUUCAUGCACAAGCGAGCUCAGCGACUGAAGUUCCUGACGGAAAGAAACGACAAGGUUUUCUUCGCCUCUGUGCGAUCCGGAGGCAGCAGUCAGGUCUUCUUCAUGACCCUCAACAGAAGCUCCAUGAUGAACUGGUAACCUGUUCCUCCCUUUGACCCUGCAAGCCUCACCCUCCUCGCCGAGGCAAACAGGAGGAAGGCGUGUGUGUGUGUGUGUGUGUAAAUGUGUGCGUUCCGAAGGACUAACAAAGCUGCUGAGUGGACUGAAGCUGCAGAGGCGAGGAACUCAGAAACCCUCCAAGUGUAUUGGACAUUGACAGUCCCUGGAAGAACGACAGUGACUCCACAUCCUGUCAUGGACAUCUGCAUGGGCUGAUCCCGCCGCGCUCUGGGAUCCAGCAGGGGGAGCUGUGGAGACGCUCUUGCGUAGCACAUCAGUGACUCUCAGACACGGAUUGCAGUGGAUGGUGGGUGUCCAGACUGCAGCGGGUCCUGCUCUCAUGAUGGGAGCUCAUCAAAGUAGCAGCAACAAAAGGUGCACACGUUUUUCUGCAGUUUCAUCAGACCUGGGUUCAUUUCACGAGGCUUUACACGUUCGGCUGCGUCACACGACAGUUGACAAUCAGGAGAGGAAUGCUGGGAAGUCCGUGAAAGUGUCAGCAGAUGACUCUGUUUCACUAAGACCCCUGCAGCGCGACUGCUGUGACAAACAUGGACCAGGAGGUUCAGUCCACCUGCUGAACACACGAACCAUCAUGUUAGGUUGCUCCUGCUUUCCUUUUAAAGGCUUUUUAUACACCGUUCUAAGCCAGAGUUACAUUGAUGGUUCUGCACUGAGUAUCAUAUUCAGUAUGUGAGGCUGAUCAUCAACAGCUGAGUGUUCAUGCAUCCACUUUCUGUCUGAUGCUUGGUGCAAACCAUCCACUCAUUCAUUCCCUAUAGAGCAGAGAGUUUACCGUCUGAAACCAGACUGGCCCACUUUUACUUAUUUACAAACUGCAUACCCACUUGCAUGUGAUGAAGGUAAAGAAACACACCAGACGUGUACAUGUUAUCACAGGCGUGCUGACUCCAGUCAGUCUGAACUGAACUAGAAGACAAUUGUUCUUGUAGUCCGGCUUCUCUCCGUCCAGCGCCAACCAUCUAGACCAGGGGUCCCCACAUCCAGGCCUCGAGGGCCGGUGUCCUACAUGUUUUCCAACCAUUCUGCCAUUCAAGCUCCUUAUUGGCUAAACACACCUGAUCCAGGUAAUCAACAGCUGAUAAAACAGGAUGUCUGGAAAACCAGCAGGAAUGAGGCCUGGAUUUGGGGACCCCUGAUCUAGACCCUGAGAGCGGCAGCUGCUGUUUCACCCCCAAACCGUAGGGGGCAGUGUGCCCUCUUUCCAUUUGUUCACCAUUCACUAGCAAAUGAAAGAAGAAGGGUUUGUGGAAAAGGUGGAAGAAAAAAGAAUUGAAUGGAAGGUGUAUUUGAUUUUUUUUCCACUAUGGUCUGUCUUGUAGAGGAACAUGUCUGCAGUUUGGUUUGCAUUGUGGUUUGAAUCUGCACCGCUGAGAGCAAUUGACAGGACACCAUGUUUGUUUUUGUGUUUUGGAAGGUUUGUCUGUUUUCGUCUCAGCUGCUCACAGGCCUUCAUGGAGUCACGUUUACCUGGAGGGGUUUUCCUCCUGGAGUCAUUGCUCUCUGCAGUUCCCAGUCUCAGCCUCAGUGCGGAAGCACAAGAAACUCUUCCACCACAGCUGCCGUCACUUAUCUAGGCCAUCUUGAAAAUUCAGUCAGAAUAAUUUGAGUAUAUUGAAUCCAUCUUGAUGUAAAUUGUUAAUAAUUUUUUUUCUUCGUUUGGUGUUUUUCUUGCAUUUUUCUUUGGAGCGGCUGGAGAUGACCCUGGUCUUUAUAUGAACCUAGACUAAUCCAGUUUACCUUAACAGGAACAACUUCCAUUAAUCCUCUUGCUCUGCUCUCGUGGCCACGCCUCUUUGUGACAAACUGCAUCUCCUUGUGUGGACACCAGGGGGCGGAAUACAUUUAUAAAUUUCAAGCCAGAGUAAUGUAUAGAUUUCAGCUGAGCUGCUCUGGUCCCCCUAAAACACAAACACAAUCCUGGUCAUUAUAUCAAAGUGAGCUUUUGAUGGAUAUAGCAAACAUUUGCACUUAUUUAUAGAAGCAAAAAUGCUGCAGCAGAAACUGGAGCGACAGCAUGUCGGUCACAGUUUCUCAGCAGGAAAUUAUAAAGCAAAAAUUGGCGGUGCAUGUUUAGUCAGGAAAGGCUUUGAGUGAGACUAAAAACAUAUAUAUUAUUUUUUUUAAGUGGUCAUAUACUGGUUUAGGGGUUUAAUUGUAUUAAUUUCCCAACUUUCUUUUCAUAUUAUUUUAAAUAUUUACAUUUAGGUUUCUGAGCGAUGGAUCAUGCUGCAAAUGACAAGUCAACAAAAUCAAACUGUGAGUUUGAGGCCUGAGAGACCUGCCUAAAUCUGAAGAUGCACAAACUUUAUGAAAAGUAAGAGAAAACGUUGGUUUCUUAGCGUCCGAUAACUGAUGGUCUUGUUACAGGACAGUUGCUAGUCUGCUUUUAUCUGGAAUCUGCUUUUUGCUCAGAAAUGCACAAAGCAAGAAACUAAAAUCUCAGCGUCUCCAAUAAAAUAAAACAAAAAAAACAUGAGUGUUUGGUAUCACAGCACUGCUCUACAAAACCAUUAGAACAAACAUUUGCUGGAGCCUAAACGGCCGUCAGCACCGGGAGACACUCAGUGGUUUAUCAUUUACAUGAGGAGCAUCAGCGUUAGCUAUAUGGAGCAAUGGAUGUGACUCCUGCUGCAUUUCAUUCCAACUUUGCACACUUGUUUACACACUAAAAUAGACAAAUGGAGUGACCGGCACACAUACCUGAGGGUGUAUCUGUGUGCACGCGCCCACAUGCACUAUCCUGUGCUUCAUCAAAUAGCAUUGAACCCAUAAAUCAAUGAGAUCUUUCUUUUUAAUUUGAGACAGGUUUUCUGCUUGGAAAGUGAAACCUUUUUUCUGUCAUUUGUUGCUGUUUAUUCAAUUGUACUAUUUGCAUGAGGGAAUACUUGCUUUAUCUGUCUUUAAAUGCAAGUUUGAGGCAAUACACUGGAGGGUUUGACUGUAAAAAGCUCCAUGUUGAAACGUUUUGCGCACAACACUGAACAUCUCUUAGCAUCUGGGCUGUUAUCCGCUCGGUAAGAGUCAGGAUUGUACACUGCAUAGUUACACAUCUAACUUUUAUAUUCAUUAGGUAUGCAAAGAAUGAGCAGGAGUGUCCCUUUUUUCAGAGUCCGGUUGACUCUAGAUGGUGGUCAUUGUGGUGAUAAAUGCAGCGUCGACGCUCCACGGCCAGCGGAGGCCUUUUACAUGUGCAGGUUGUCCAGAAACAUCCUGUGAAUAAAGGUCAGGAGGCAGGAUUUGCUUGAGAAACCAUAGAUUAGAAAGAUAUAUACGCUAAUAAUUUUCAUUAUAACGAUAUCUUAGUGAUCAUUUUAGAGAAGGACAAAAGUAAUGUUCACUUAUCAAAGCUUAGUUGUCUUUCUACAGAAUAGAUAACAUAGAUAUACUGUAAGAAUUUCUUAAAAAAAAUAAAUACAAUGUUUUUAUUGUGGUAUUCUUUGUAUUUCAAUUUUGUACGUAUCAGGACUGUGAACAUCCGUAAGACUGUCCGCCUGUGUGUGACUGUGAGUUUGAAUGCUUGGGUGAGCAGGUGUGUGACAUGCAUGUGAGUGAAUGCUUUCACUUUGGAUCACUGAAACCUGUAAAGAGACGACCUCAGCCUGAUGACACACGUCUGUGAUGUUGGGAGUUCUUCAAUAAAUGUCCUCUCCUU